GCUGGGCCUACUGUGUUUCCAUAGUAACCAAGGAGUCCACAACAGCUUGGCACCAGCAUUUCAGGCUAAAUUGACAGGAUUUUUUUUUUUUAACCAGUGGCUGGAGCUAAAGAUCUGAAAGAGCCCAAACUGAGAGAGCUCCCAGGAUUAAACUUUCAUGAUUGUUACUUCCUGUCCUCUUCUCCGUUUAUACCCUUGGGGCCGGGGGUGUGAGGAAAUUAUAGAAACAACCAAAAAAAAAAAAAGAGAGAGAGAGGGAGAAUUUGGGCUAGAGCAGAAGAUAAGUUUAAAUAUCUGGGCCCCAUGGUAAAGACUUGGAAAGAAAUUGGACAAGAUGGAGAAAAAAACUUCAGGCCUUAGAAAGGCUCUGUAGGCAGCCACCGGGAUGUCCCCGGUUGAUGUAAUGUGGAAUACAGUGAACUACAUUGUAUAUAUUCCUCUUCCAGUUGUAUAUUCCAGGAUCAAUCCACAUGUUCUUGACCUGUGCUAUCCCUACCUGCUUCCCUGACAGAGGUGGAAGAUGCCAGCGUCUCCCUCUUUCUGGAAUGGGAGGGGGAUGGGAAGGAACUUGACAGUUUAAAUACCAGAUUUACUUCUACUCAUCCUGAAGAGAGUGGAGAAUGAAUGUGGUGUAGGAAGGUCUGGAACUGAUAAACCCAGGCGCUACCUACUCACUUUUACAGUUUGGGGAUAUUUGGACAGACGUCUGAGCAACCAGCUGUGCUAGAGUCCUAAUCUGGGGAUGAAGGAAAACCAGGAUGGCGGGGAUGAUGAGGCAGCCUUUCCUGGCACGGAGGAUGAUGAUGAGUUGGACAAGACCUUGGGUGUUGAACGGUUUGGAGACCUGAUCGGCAAGUCUGCAUUACGAGACCAGGAAAAGCAAGGCCGCAGCUACUCUGAGACCGACUUUGAAUUCCAUCGCCAAACAUCCCACCACAUCCAUCACCCCCUGUCAACUCACCUGCCUCCGCCCCCCAAGACCCAAAAGAGACGUCUCCAUUCUAAUAGGAAAAAGAAAAAAAAGAAAAAGGCAAGGAAAAUGUCUAUGCCUCCCUCCAAUGUCACCCCAACCAUCCAGGAGGAAGAAGAGGAGGAGGAGGAGGAAGAAGAAGAAGAAGCAGAAUCUGAGGGGGAAGAGGUUCUGGAGAAGGAAAUCUCAGCAGAGUCUGACGUUGAAUCCUCUCCCAAAGAGAGGUCUUUGAGCACUUUAACAGCAGGAUUGACUGAAAGGAGUGUUGAGUUUACCAUUGGACCCGAGGAGCCUGAGGAAGAAGAGGAGGAAGCUCAUGGCACCCAAUGCACUUUGUCAUUUCAUAUGGCUGAGGAACACAGUCAUCUUUCCCCAAUCCCAUGUUUCUCCAGCCUGCUGCCUGAGAAAGGCCCUACUUUUUCUAAUAGCUUUCCUGAAUACAGAGAUAAUGUAUCUCGGGGCUGGGAUAAGCGCAAACCAUGGAGUCAGGUGCCAAGUGGACAGCGGUCAAACUAUGACCUGAAGGAGAGGGUGUGCAUUGGCAGCAUGACUGCAAUAGAGAAUGCCACAUAUCAACGAAUCCCCACUGAUGAAGCUGAAGCUCAGAUGUUGGCUUCUGCUGACCUUGAUGAUAUGAAAAGCCAUCGUUUUGAAGAUAAUCCAGGAGUAAGAAGACAUUUGGUUAAGAAGCCAUCCCGGAGCCAAAUCAACAGGUCCAGCAAAACAUCUUUGUCCUCACAGUCUUUCAAGAAAAAGAAGAAAAAGAAGAAGCUUGACCGAAAACCCCAUGAGGUUUUUGUGGAGCUGAAUGAAUUAGUAGUGGACAAAAACCAGGACAUGCACUGGAAGGAGACAGCACGCUGGAUCAAAUUUGAGGAGGAUGUGGAAGAGGAUACGGCACGCUGGGGAAAGCCUCAUGUUGCCUCACUUUCUUUUCGCAGCCUUUUGGAGCUCAGGAAGACUAUUGCCCAUGGAGCUGUUUUGUUGGACCUGGAACAAACAACAUUACCAGGCAUUGCUCAUCUGGUGGUUGAAACAAUGAUAAUCUCAGAUCAGAUCAAGGCUGAAGACAGAGCCAAUGUCCUGAGGGCCCUACUGCUCAAGCAUAGCCACCCCAAUGAUGAGAAGGAAGCAUUCUUCCCCCGGAACCAUUCCAAUUCCAGCCUGAAUUCUAUAGUGGGAAAUCAUCAUCUCAAUCACAAUCACACAAUUGACACGUGCAUGCCAUUGAUGGGAGAAGAGAGGAUUGAGAUGACAGAACCACGAAUCCAUGACCCGGAGUACAGAGAGAAAAACAUGCACCUCCACAGCGCUGAGGGACAUCGUGGCAAGUACAUCAAAUUGAUGGAAAAGAUUCCUGAUGAUGCUGAGGCGACCGUAGUGCUUGUUGGUUGUGUUGAAUUUCUCGAACAACCAUCAAUGGCUUUUGUCCGUUUAAAUGAAGCUGUAUUCCUGGAAUCAGUUCUGGAAGUUCCGAUUCCUGUUCGCUUCAUCUUUGUUUUGCUAGGGCCAAGUCAGUCCAAUGUGGAUUACCAUGAGAUUGGACGUUCAAUCUCUACUCUCAUGUCAGACAAGCAUUUCCAUGAAGCCGCUUAUAUGGCAGAUGACCGCCAAGAUCUGCUUAAUGCCAUCAAUGAGUUCCUAGACUGCAGCAUUGUCAUUCCUCCAUCAGAAGUAGAAGGGAAAGAUUUGCUCAGAUCAAUUGCCACCUUCCAGAAAGUGCUCCUGAAGAAAAGAAGAGAGCGGGACCAGAAGAAGUCCCUCAAAGAAACAAACUUUCAGGAAUCCAAAGAGCUAUGUGAGGUGAAAGCUGAAGAAGAAGAAGAGGGCGAGGAGGAGGAGGAUGACCCUCUGAAGCGUACCGGCAUUUUCUUUGGUGGUUUGGUGCGGGACAUAAAGCGCAGGUACCCCAAGUAUCUGAGUGACCUCAGAGAUGCCCUGCACAGCCAGUGCCUCGCAGCCGUGCUAUUCAUCUACUUCGCUGCUCUCUCUCCUGCCAUCACCUUUGGGGGACUGCUAGGUGAGAAGACAGAUGGUCUCAUGGGUGUUUCAGAAUUGAUUAUCUCCACAUCAGUAUUGGGCAUGCUCUUUUCACUUCUUAGUGCACAGCCACUUCUUAUCAUUGGUUUCUCAGGGCCCCUGCUGGUCUUUGAAGAAGCUUUUUACAAGUUUUGUCAGAGUCAGAACAUCGAGUAUUUGACAGGUCGAGUGUGGAUUGGCUUCUGGCUCAUUGUCUUCAUUGUCAUUAUUGUAGCUGCUGAAGGCAGCUUCUUAGUGCGCUACAUUACACCCUUCACCCAGGAGAUUUUUGCCUUCCUCAUCUCCCUCAUCUUCAUUUAUGAAACAUUCUACAAGCUGUACAAGAUAUUUGCAGAACAUCCUUUGCUGCGAUUCUAUCCACCAAAUCUUCAAAGAAAUUUGAAUUCUAGCAUAUUACCUGCCGAUUCUACAGCUCUUGAUAUCCGAAUGCAACCCAACACAGCCCUUCUAUCCCUCAUCCUCAUGUUGGGGACAUUUUUCAUUGCCUUUUUUAUGCGCAAGUUUAAGAACAGCCGUUUUUUGGGAGGAAAGGCCCGGAGAAUCAUUGGAGAUUUUGGAAUCCCUAUUUCCAUACUUGUCAUGGUUCUGGUAGACUAUACUAUUACCGAUACGUAUACACAGAAGUUGAAUGUGCCCUCAGUGCUGUCAGUUACAGCCCCAGAUAAACGGGGCUGGUUCAUCCAUCCCUUAGGAAGCCAGCAGCCCUUUCCCCUCUGGAUGAUGUUUGCUUCUGCCAUUCCUGCACUACUAGUCUUCAUCCUUAUCUUUAUGGAAACCCAGAUCACCACUCUGAUUGUCAGCAAGAAGGAACGGAAGCUGUUGAAGGGGUCAGGCUUCCAUCUUGAUUUGCUGCUUAUUGGGACGAUGGGAGGACUUUGUGCCCUUUUGGGAUUGCCUUGGCUCACAGCUGCCACUGUCCGUUCCAUUACUCAUGUCAAUGCCCUUACUGUAAUGAGCAAGGCCAUAGCACCUGGUGAGAAGCCAAAGAUCAAGGAAGUGAAAGAACAACGUGUGACAGGAGUGCUCAUCGCUGGCCUUGUUGGUCUCUCCAUUGCCAUGGGAAAUAUACUACGUCAGAUUCCAUUGGCUGUGCUGUUCGGGGUUUUUCUGUAUAUGGGCGUGACAUCUUUGACUGGCAUUCAGUUAUAUGAAAGGCUCCUCCUUAUCUUCAUGCCAUCCAAGCAUCACCCUGAUCACGUUUAUGUUAUCAAGGUGAGGACUUGGCGAAUGAAUCUUUUCACAUGCAUCCAACUAGCUUGCAUUGUAUUGCUAUGGGUGGUAAAAUCCACAGUGGCAUCAUUGGCUUUCCCAUUUGUCCUGAUCAUGACAGUUCCUCUACGGCGAUACCUGUUGCCACGUUUCUUCCAUGAAAGAGAACUGAAAGCGCUAGACUCGGAAGAUGCAGAGCCAAACUUUGAUGAAGAUGGGCGAGAUGAAUACAAUGAACUUCACAUGCCAGUAUGAGCAGGCUGCUAUAUGUCUACUGGUUCUUUCCUAGCAUUGUGGGAUAAGCUGUUCUCCUCAUGCUGUUCCUGCAGUGGCUUUGGAACUGAUCAUAGGUCUAGUCCAAUUGGCAGCUGAGACACAACCCUCCCAGAAGCUCCAGACCAGAAGAGAACUUGGGCAAGGCAGAGCAAGAGGAGUUGCUGCCUUCUUAUGGACAGACAGAAUAUAAUUCCAGCCACUAUCACCCAUGCUCCUUCUGAACAGACCUUGUUGUAGUGCUGUGCCAUAUAUUGACCUGAAUAUGUAGACACCUUAGCCAGUUGUUAUUAGUCUCCUGUCUAGAGAAGUCAAACAGAUUAAACUGUUUUGCAGUGGGGAAAAUAGCAGCAGGUUAACAAAGGAAGAGGCAAGUAAACCUUCUGGAAUGUUAAGGGCGAUGCUUUUCUUUCAGAAUUAACAGUUUUCUGGGGUGAUAGCAGGAAGUGGAAGAAUAGCUGGUGUUUCCUUAUUGAACUUUAGCCACUUAGUCUCAUGACUGUUUAAGAGAGUGUGCUUCAUCUGCUCUUCUGCAUGAUAUCCUUGCCUGGGAUUUCAUGUUUAUGGGAACUUUUGAUCCUUUCCUUUUGAGGAAUGGCAAUAAGGACUGUUGGAGACCACAAAUUGCAAUGUGUGCCAGCAAGGUUUUCAGUACCAUGAUGUGUUCAGCAAGUGGAAUGUGGUAUUUGUGCAAUAUUCGUGGGCACAUGCAUCAGUGUGGCAAGUACUGUGCCUAUUUUUGCUGUUUCCUUGGUUGUCCAAAGUGUUGGGGUGAUCUAGGAAGCAAAUCCAUUCACACAGGGAAGGAAGAAGUGCAGGUAAAAUUUGAUGGUACAGGCUGAAUAUCAGGAACAAACUGACUAAUGAUGGAGUGAAAAUUGAAUGAUGGAUAUGGUUCUAAGUGAGAUCAUCCAAAAAGAUUUUACAGUAUUCUCAUGCUGUUUUUCUCCCCUCUUGUAAAGAAAGUCAAACAUGCAACCAGACAACUAGGAAUCUCAGAAACUAAGGCUGAAACCUAAUCUGGCUAAUUAUCUGAUCCACCAAGCUUGCUUGUUGUACUCAGUCACCUCCUUUCCACUUAGUAUUCUUCCAUGCUUUACCUUCAUUGCUCCUCUUGCUUUGUUCUUUAGUCUCUCCAUGGUCAUUGCAUUGUUCAUUUUAGUAUUUCUUUAAGCAGCCCUAGCUGGGCCAACAGAGUCACUUCUCCAGAAAAGCUACUGAUGGUUUGGCCCUGACAAUUAAUGAAUAAGAUGUCUCUGAGAGAGAGCUAAAAUAUUCUGCAUUUGUAGUUUUGAAGCACUGUAUUGUACAAGCUUUCUAUAGGGAUAAAGGAUUGUCUUUAUUUGCCUUUUGAUAUGUCAAAGCAAUAGUUUCUAGCUCCUGAAUUUUACCUGACCCUAAAAUCUUCUUCCUUUUUCUCAGGCCCAUAUCAUCCUUGUAUCUCCCACUAACAGUUGCCAUAUAAAGAUCAGAUUUUGUGACAAAGCUAAAUUGCAUGAAAAAUGCAUUGGCUUUGUUCACUAAAUUUGAACUUUUAGAAUCUGAAAAGCCUGCUCCCUUUUCAGUUGCAUUCAUUCAGUCCUGUACAUUGUAUUUGUGCUUGAUUCAUAGGCCAAACAUAUGCACAAACACCAUGCAGCACAAGUUCAGUGCAAGAUUCCAGAAGUGCUAUCCUACUGGGUCAUUAUGCAGGGACUCUAGUGAACUGUGAAGUCCUGUUCCAAAUCUGUUCUAUGUAAGUGGAAUAAAAGAUAUACACAAAAGGCCAACCCUGACUCUUGCCUCUAGUGAGGCAGCAAACCAUAUGGCAUAAGUAUUUGGUUCAUGGCACCGUCUGCUCCACUGCCUCUCUCUGUUAGUAAAAUGGAGGCCGUCCCUACCCACCUACCUCAGGGGUUACCUGUUGAGGGCUGGAUUGUCAUGAGGCCAUAUAUAUAUUCCUCUAUUCAUUCCCAGCUGGUUGCCAGCCUACCCCACCCACAGACAGUGACCUCCAUUGUGCCCUGUGUAGCAAAUCUGAACUGUCGGGGCAGAAACCCCAAUACAACUCUUCUGAAUGUAAUAGGAAGGAUAUGGCUGCACCAAUAAACCUUUCACUGGUA